AUGGAUGCUUUCAGAUUGUUGACUCGGUCAACAAAGUUCAAGUCGGCCGCGCGGGCUGCAGAGCCUACUGCUCGUCUCCCUUCAACGGGCAAAGCGGCUAACCCGCAGCUCUUCCGGACCGCCGAGGGCGAGAAUCUUGAACUUGCGCAGAAUGGCAAGAAAAGAAAGAGAGCACCUGUCGCAGCUGAGGAACAUGGAGACGACACAGCCGAACUAGACUUUUUCAGCUCGAACAAGCGCACUGCGGUGACUUCUGCGGCCGCACCUGCCGCCAAGCUCGACCAGGAGCAAGCAUCUGGUCAAGACGAUGGAUCGGAUGAAGAGGAAGCUAUGGACGAAGUGGAGCGUCGCACUAUUUUGAACUCGCACAAGAUUAAGGUCACGGAUCUUCGUGAUCUUGACGAGAUUCAUUCUCAGCCUGCGCCUGCUAAGGAAUCCAAGAAGAAAAAGAAGAAGUCCAAGAAGGAAGAGGCUCCGAUUCUCAGCAAAAAGGAGAUGAAGCGCGUUCGUCGCAUGUACCCGCAGCCUCUGGUUUCCUUCAAGGAGCUGCGCUCGAAAUACAAGAUCUCGAGCCGGCUUGCGGAGAAUGUCGCCGAGCAGGGAUUUACUGUGCCCACGGAGGUGCAGUUAGGAACUCUGCCCAUUUUGCUUGGUGAUUCCUCAAUUCCUAUGGAAAACGAAGCAGAGCCUGACCUUUUGGUCGUGGCCCCAACUGGCAGCGGAAAGACGCUGUCAUUCUUGAUUCCUGCCAUUAACAAGAUUGUCCGGCAUCAUCACUCUAAAUCCGACGAGCAUGGAAUCCUAGCCGUGGUUGUGGCGCCUACGAAGGAGCUUGCCAGUCAGAUUUUUAACGAGGGACGGAAGUUGGUGGCUGGGACUGGUGUGAAGAUCACCUUGAUGAAGAAGGGUAUGCGAGUAGUGGACCAGGAUGAAGAAGGCGAUGUGAAUGUCCUUGACGAAGAAAGUGAGGCAUCCUCUGGAUCGGACGAGGAGGAGUACAGCAAACCCAAGAAAGGCCAGACCAAUGUGCCUGUCACCAAGAGUGACAUCCUAGUUACCACGCCCCUCCAGCUGGUCAAUUCCUUGUCCGCGAAUCAAACCAUGCCGAUGGGAAGACUGCCGUUGGUGCGCAGCCUGGUGCUGGACGAAGCGGACGUGCUCCUGGACCCGUUGUUCCGGGAUCAAACACUCAACAUAUGGCGCUCGUGCGUUCAUCCAGACAUGCGUGUGAGCCUCUGGUCUGCCACCAUGGGUUCUAACGUCGAGGAUCUCACUCGGUCUACGAUCAAGGAGCGUCUAGAAGAUCUCGGUCAAAAGAGCGACAAACUUCACCCACUGGUGCGUCUUGUGGUCGGCCUGAAGGAUUCGGCCGUCCCAAAUAUCGACCACCGUCUCGUUUACGCAGCAACCGAACAGGGUAAGCUGCUUGGUCUUCGACAGCUGCUCCGCCCGACAGCGGCCGCAGCAACCGAUAUCCGCCUCCGACCUCCUUUCCUCAUCUUCACACAAACGAUCCCCCGGGCAAUUGCCUUGCACUCGGAAUUGAAAUAUGAUAUCCCCGCCGAAGCAGGCGGAUCUUCGCGCAUUGCCGUGCUCCACUCCGACCUCUCGGACAGUCAGCGAUCAGAAAUCAUGCGUGAUUUCCGCAAGGGCGAGAUCUGGAUCCUCGUUACAACAGAUGUCCUAGCCCGCGGUCUCGAUCUCCGCGGCCUUAACGGUGUCGUCAACUACGACAUCCCCAACUCCGCCGCUGUCUACGUUCACCGUGUUGGACGUACCGGCCGCGCUGGUCGCGAGGGCGGUAUCGCAGUCACCUACUACACCAAGGAGGAUAUCCCCUACGUGAAGAGCAUCGCAAAUGUCAUCGAUGCUAGCGAGAAGCUGCGUGGAACCGACGACAAAAAGUCCAUCCAGAAAUGGCUGCUCGAGUCGCUGCCGGACCUGAGCAAGAAGGACAAGCAAGAACUCAAGAAGCAUGGUGUCAAGGCUCGCCAGGCCUCUAAGCAGCUUGGCAAGGACGAGAACGACAAGGGAUCGCGCGCUGCCAGAAUCAGUACGAAGAGUGGCUACGAACGCCGCAUGGAGAACCGCAAGAGGGGUGCUAUCGCUGCUAGUCGCAAUCGCAAGGCGACGGGCGCCGCAGCUGGUAAUGAAAGUGACGGUAGUUGGGAUGGGUUGGAGGAAUAA